AGCAAGGACAAAAACUCGUGCUGGCACUCACCCACAAUCGAAGUUUUUAUUGAUCCUGUUCAAUUGAACAGUAUUGCAAAAAAGGCACUCUCUACUGAGGUCGUGCUGGUGUUUUAAUACAAGGACUGUACAAAAAGUUGUUGACCCGCUCUACUCUUUGUUGUACAUCGAACAAGAAAAAAUUGAUAAGUAAUCUCCACCCGAAGAACCAAUCGCGACAACCAUGCCCCGCCAACAAGAUGCUUGUUGCAAGCCGACCAGCUGUAUCAAAUGCAAAAAUGUCUGGGUCUGGAAUGUUGCCGGGUUUGUCAUGCAUAUUUUGCAUGACCCAGAAUGUCCGUAAUGCACGACCUAGCAUCACAGAUUUUUAGACGGCUUCCUGAUGCCUACUCCGCAUGACAAAUGCCCUCCCCGCCGCGUAGCACAAACUAGACUCCUCUUGCUGGUCAUGCAAUACAGAUCUUUUUCAAGUCCAAAGUUAGCAUCACAAGUUCCAACCUUCCAGACCCAGACACUUUUGCAUUUCAUAAGCUUGCUCUGCCGAUGCUGCUGCCCGCUCCUGGCGGUCUUCGCGUGGGAGGGGUUCAGCAGCAACUUGUGGUUGGCCUGUCUGUGCGAUACCCUUGGGUGUCCGUGUCGCUGCCUGUUUGCGUUACUGUGGCAGCCAAAGGGGACGUAUGACAAGGCACAACUCCCCCCGCCUCAUUUGUAUAGCAUGAACGGCAGAAGUAAAUGCAUCAGCAAGUAGAAUGCCGGUUUCGCAUGACAAACUUACAGUGGAGUGUAGUGCCAUUUGGGAUGCCAGAAUUUGUCAUGCAGACAGUGCCUCUAAGAAGAGGCAGAGCCUGGAUUUGGGAAAUUGAAUGACAAAUGAGGGGGAGGGGGAGUUGUGCACUCUCAUAGGACGCAGAAGCGGUUUCACCCCGUCGACGCGAAAAAAGAGCGGAAAGUCUAUUGCUGCCGUUGUCACCCCCUGGACUGCUGUAUGACAGUGCACAACUCCCCCUCGUUCUCAUUUCUCAUGCAGAAUACCCGAUCCACCCUUUCCCUCCUGUCACUAUUAUGCAUGACAAGUUGUCGUGGUAGCCCAAAUAGCGCUACACUCCAGUGCAAAUUUUUCAUGCAGAACCGGCAUUCUUGCUGAUGCUUCUGUUGCUGUUCGUGCAACACAAAUGAGGGGGAGGGGGAGUUGUGCACUGUCAUAUGCUGCUGCCACUGCUGGUUUCCGCUGCAUGCGAUCUACGCCUGGCAGGGGUGUAGCAGCGUCGUCGACAUUCUGUGUGUGAUCGUGCUGAACUGCCUGUUACCUGGCUGCGGGUGCCUGUACCCAGUCUGCUGCUGGACACCCGCUGACCAACAGUUCAUAUCCUGUGCAAAAGUAUCGUACUCGUAUUGCAGUCAUGCAUUACUUAUAAUAGGUGAAUCAGCAUUUUUUUUUUUACAAAUUUUAUUUCUCAUGCUGAGGUAAUGCAUUUAUACGAGUGCGAUACUUCUGCAAUCCAUAGCUCAUCUGGGGCGGCGAUUCGGCGCAUGUCAUCGGUGCUCCGAUAGUUGCGGGGGCCUCACGCGAAGGUCCUUCGCCUUGGGGUGACGGGAACUACGAGGUAUGCAUUGCAAAUAUGUCCUCUGGGUCUGGAAACAAAAUGCCAGGUUUGUCAUGCUCUGCUUGUAUGACUGUCAAGCCUGUCAUGCAAGGUACCCAAAUAUUAAAGCGCCUUUUUUGCAUUUUUCUGUCGUGCAAAAGAACCCAGUUUCUCAUGCAGAGUGGACAAUAACCAGCAUAUUAGCUCAAAAACCUGUCAUGCUGAGCCGUCAUUUGUGGCGUUCUCUUGAUCCGGCAACCAGCAUCACAAGUUUCCAGACAUCCAGACACAUUUGCAUUUGAUACGGGGUGGGCAACGACGACUUCGAUCCGAUCACCCACUCGGAUACCUACUACGACCCGGCCCGGGCGCACGGAUUCAAGACCUACGACUACAACAGAGGCGGGUUAUGCAUUGCAAAAGCGUCGAGCGCUAGUUUCAAAUGCAUACACAAAUUUUUUCGAAAACAAAUUCCGGAGCUUGUCGUGCCAUUUUAUCUAGGGAACGAGAUUUGGCAUGCAAAAAUAUUGCAAUCACUAGUGCGUUUUUGACGCUUUUGCACAGGAUACGGGUACUACUUCUACAACGAUGACGAGUUCGUGGAGGAAGAAGAAGGAGACGUACACCACCGCAAAAAGCAUCCCGCUGCUGUAUCAGAAUGAAAAAUCGCCCCUCCCCAUAUCAAAACGAAGUUUCUGAUGCUGGAUUUGCGUACACAAAUCCGAUUUGUCUUGCUGGGCAAGGACUGCAGGCUCAUAUCAAGCCUGAGAAGAAAAGUUUUGGCCUAGGCGCUUAGCAUGACAGACGUCUACGCUGUAGGAACAUGAGCAUGACAAACCGCCCGGAGAAUGCGGCGGAGGCUCUGGAGUUGCCUUCAUGCAACACAGGGACGAUUUGUGGUCACAAAUCAGCAACACAAAUUUUCGAAAACGUACCUUGUCAAUAUGGGGAGAGGGGAUUUUUCCUUUCGAUAUGCUGUGCUUGCGCAGAAGAAGGACAAGAAGGUCGUCGCGAAGGGCCCCCAGAGCUCGUUCUCGCGCAACAAGGGGAAAGUCCAACCCGCGGACGAAGAUGGUUUCAUCGAUCACCAUGCAGCUGACGACGACGAGGGCGAGAAAUUUUUCAAAAAUUAGAAAUUCGGAAAAAAUUGAUGUUGUCAGUAGACAUUGUGCUAGUUGUAGUGCUACUUGUUCCACAUCCACCACACUUCUACGUUAGUUUCUGUCUUGUGUACUAUCAUUCAACAUUGGACCACGAUUUUUGUUUUCCUUGUACAAUGAAGUUAAACUGGUAGCUAUAAUUGAGGCUGUUGUUUUGAAUUUUAAAGAUAUAGCUCGGCGAUUGUUGAAGAUGUCUUGGCCAGAACAUUGGACGAAAUUUGAGUCGCAAGAACGCUGAUUGGAACAAAUUGCGUAAUAUAAAGCGGAGAUCGUUCGCUGACACAACAAUUGGAGUAGUGCUGUAUGAUAUGAUUUGAUACAGAUGACCAUGGACGACGACGAAGAGAAAGGGGAUAAGUACUUCUUAACUGCGGC